UUCUUAAUCCAAAGAAUGCCGAAGCGUUAAUACUGAAAGCAAAAGUACUGUUGCAACUAAAAAAGUACCAGGAAGCAAUAGCUCAUCUCCGUUUUGCACAACAAUUUGCUCCUUACCGUUACGAGGUUCAUAAAGUAUUGGUGGAUACAUACAUUCACAUACAUCGCAUACGAGAAGCUCAAUCUCAGGCAUUGAAAGCAUUGAAAACUAUAGGUGAAUCACCAAGGAUGCUUGUGCUUCUGGGUCGAACCUAUCUGAAAGAUGAUGCGACAAAAGAAAAAGCGAAAACAUUAUUUGAAAAGGCUAUUGAGCUGAAUGAAAGUUACUUACCUGCCGUUUAUCUAUUGGCCGAUCUAUUUCAACAAGAAAAUGACAUUGUGAGCUGCAUGAAAUUGUUAAAAAAGCAUACAAUGUUAACGCAAAACUGCAAACUCCAUGCUAUGUUGGGUGAUUUAUUAAGUAACGAUAAAGAUCACUCGGGCGCUUUGGAACAAUACACUAUCGCACUAAAUCUGGACCCUACUAACGGUAGCGCUAUGGCGGGUCUUCUCGCUAUGGGACAAAGUGGAUUAGGCGCUAUAAACACUUCAUACGUUGAUUCAUCUGUGGCAGAUGAUGGAACGGAUAUACCAGAUAAUCCCCUGGAAAUGAUCGAAAUUCCUCAGAACGUUCAAAACGAUUUGGAAUCAGAAAGUGAUAUCAUGUGGUCUGACGUAGAAAUAGACAUUAAUCAGUAAUUCGUGUUGAGACUAUCGGUCGGCUUCUCUAUGAAGUAAUAUCUCUUAUACGAACCCGAUCAACACUCAAAAGAAGUUCAAUUCCAUCAAAUCAUUUUUGUUCGAAAAAUCGAUCAAUCUAUUAUGUUUUUUUUCUAAUUCAGUUCGACAAUAAAUUGUGUUUGAUUCGA